AUGCAAUCUGCAGAUCAUGUCAACCUUGAUUCCAACCAAAUUGCUUCUAUUGUGAUGAACUCUAUAAAGGAAAAUCCUUCUAUACCUAUCAAAAGUUUGGUAGCUGAAAUUAAAAAUCGUUUGGGAUAUUCAGUUUCAUAUGACAAAGCCUGGAAUGGUAAGCAAAAAGCGCUUGCUAAGGAGUUCGGAGAUUGGGAAGAGUCUUACAAUGAACUUCCCAGGUGGUAUGAAGCUGUACAACAAAGCAAUCCCGGCACAAUAAUUCAAUGCACUGGAUCUCCUGUACAAGUAAGUGGCCAACCUGACCCUUCUUGCUAUAUUAUGGAACGCGUAUUUUGGUCUUUUGGACCAUGCAUCCAAGGGUUUAACUAUUGCAAGCCAGUUGUCCAAGUAGAUGGGACAUUUUUGACAGAAAGAUAUCAAGGGACAUUGCUAACAACACUAGCUCAAGAUGGGUCACGUAACAUAUUCCCUUUAGCCUUCGCAAUAGUGGAAGGAGAAACAAAGGAGGUCUUAAUAUGUUUUUUUUCAACCCUCUGCUUGAUAACAGAUAGGGGGAAAGGCAUAUUGGCAACCCUACAAUCUGAAGAAGUACAAUGGGAAGCAGAUAGACUGCAAUCAGUAUACUACAUACGUCAUAUUGCUUCAAAUUUCAACAAAAAGUUCAAGAAUCACGAAUUGAAGAACCGGUUAAAGAAUAUAGCUUACAAGGUGAAACAACCCAUAUUGGAUGCUAAAUUGGCAGCUUUGAGAUCCUAUUCACCAGAAGUGGCAUCUUGGAUUGACAGGAUACCACUACAAAAAUGGACUCAGGCCUACAAUGGAGGUCAUUGGCCCAAUGCUCCAGACGGGUCCGACGACCCGAACGGGCCCGACGAUCAAGAUGGGUCCGACGACCUGGACGGGCCCGACGAACUAGAUGAGCCCGACAAUCCAGAUGGGGCGGAAUACCCGGACAUGUUCGACGACUGGACGGGCCCGUAA